GUAUCGCUCAGUCUCAUUUUAACGCUUGACAUUGUGCAAUGCCAAGGAAAUCUCGUCCCAGUAAAAUUACGAAAUCGGCAGGUUCAACAAUUAAAUUUUCGACGCAAAGCGAUUUUACGAUACACCAUUAUGCCAAUGCUGAAGGAAAAGCACCUCCAGGGAGGAUAAAGAAAGCAGCAGCUAACGCAAUGAUUUCAGAAGCACACAGUAUAAAGAACUCCAAGCAGGCACUGGAACUGGUGGGAGCUGUAGGUGAAGAUGCAUCAGAGACGAGUUGGUUUGACAAGGACUUGGAUGAGAUUGACAUUAACACGGACAGUACAGACCAGCAAUCAGAAGAUGGAGUAGAAGAGCCUGUUCCAGAAACCAAACUGAACCGAAGGAAGAGAAGACUGAAGGGAAGCGAGAGUGAGGAUACUGGCAUCUCGUACCCGAUAGAUUUGUGGUACGUCCUGAGUAGAUAUGUCCACCCAGAGGAUCUGACUGUGUUCUUCAGGCUUAAUCACAGCACCUUCUCUGUAAGCAGCACCAUCCAGUUCUGGAGAGGCCUAUACAAAAGAUAUGCUAAGGACCUUUCCAAGCUUCCAGACUACCUGCAGCCAAUCUGUCUCGAGCGGAUCCAUGGCCUUCGCCAGCGCGUGAUCAGGGCUCUGUUUUUUGUGUAUCCGGUGCUUAUCAGUAGGACAAUAACUGUGGCACCAUUUCAGGACCAGCAGCUAUGUUACAACCUAACUGGACAUCUCUGUCUUGUGUCGUGGCAUGAACGAAACAAGAACAUGUGGAACUUCAAUUUUAAAUUCAGAAAGGAACGUAUGGGUGAAAUCAAUAGUUUACUACGACUCAAAGGGGAGCCACAGAGUCUUCGCUCUGGUUACAGUGAUCUACAUCACAACUUAGAGAAUGAUUCGUAUGUGCUGUGUGCGACUUGUAAGAACUUCACGGCGAUUCCACCAGUCAUGGGCUUAGUACUGACUAAUCUGAUGCUGCGACUAUCAGCCAGCAUGAGAUAUCUUACUUUACGCCUAUUGUUUGACACAACUCUGAAGCAAGGAAUGGGGGCCAAUGUUAGGGAGAGUCAAAGUCUGGAAAAGGUGGUCAUUCUUGACCCCGUUGUGGACAUUCGAGUGUUUCCGUGGUGGCAUCCAAAUUACCCUCACCAGGGAAUGUGACACACAUGCCACAUAGAAACUUGUGUACUUGACAUGUUUACAAACAGGUUGUUUUCAUGCAGAACUGAUAAUAGUGAUUUGAUCCACAAAAAUCUAGUAGUUUUGCAAGUUCUGGCUCUAGAAUCAAUAAGUUGCAUUAAGAUUCAACAAGCCCACUAAAUGAUGCUAUAGUCACACUGAAUUUCAACCCCCUGUUAAGUCAUAUUCAAAUUUAAUUAAAAAUUGGAAUAUUCAUAUGUAAUUAAGAUAUGUUCAGCUGGUACAUUAACUUUAAAAUGAUACAUAACCAGGUUGAUAUAGUCAAUAAUUAGGCAUGAAUGCUGAUUUUUUCAUAAAAUUAGCUCACUGGACUUUUAACAUGUCAAUCUCUUUUGCGACAGAACCGAGUACUGCGAAAUGACAUAUUAUUUAAAGUUCAUUUAUAUACCUAGGUCAUGCAGAGGUGAAUUUCUCUUAAAUUAUCGAUGGAGAGGCAUACCAGCUUUUUUAUAAUAUGUAUUAUGCGAUUUUAGGCACUGAGGACAAACAAUUAGUUCAAAGAGUGUCGCAUUAAGAAAUUCUUCAUACCUCAUUCAAGGAACACCCGGGCCCCUUGUUUGAAAUAUGUAUGCCUAGUAAUCAUAGAUAUAAAGGGAGAGUUCUUAUAACAGUGAAACCUAUGACAUUUUGAAGAACUUUGAUUACAAUGUACACGUUGACUUGAAAAAGCUUGUUUGGUAAUUAAGCAUCCAUCAGUGAGAUUUUAUAGCAACAUCCACAUUACUGUGUGACUAUAAUUGUAGUCAGCCACACUUUCAAUGUACAUGUAAGAUCAUUUGGUUGAAAUCUGAAUAAUCCUUAUUGUUUUUCUUACAAAACGAAACAAGUAUAUAUUUUUUCAGGACUAAAUAUGUUCAAUUUUAGUAGGUUUUAUUCAAUGUUUUUUGUUAUAUUUUUUAACUUAUAAAUAUUUUUUUAAGCAUGUCAGAUUUUCAAUGAUUUGCCUACAUAAAACAUAUUUUAAACUGGUGAAUAUUUCUUUUAUAAAAAAUAAACUUACGUCUUUUCAUUUCCUGUUUAAUAUAUCUAACUUAAUUUAUUGUUGGGAAUGGCUCACUGUUAAUUAUUCUUUUAACUGAUAAUUGUCAAUGUUUUGAUCUCUAAUAGAAGCAAGUCACAUUUACAUUUGUGCUGUUACGUUACCAUGUUGUGUACGUGUAUAAAGUUGGUUUUCAGAAUCAACUUCACAUUUGUCUCCAUAAGAGGUUGUCUCCCUUACCAAGAUCAUUCACUAUCACACUUCUUGAAUAAGAUAGUGUCAUCAAGUUUAAGGGAAUACAAUGGUGAUUUACUUUUAACUCAAGAGCUCACAUUAGAUUAUCCUGCUUUCAUCCUUUGUGCUACAAAGUACCCAAAAUAAAAUUUAAAAAAAAAGAAGGUAAUGAUGUUCUUGUAACUGGUGCAAUUUGCUAGAGAUAUGCAUUUUAUAACAGACCAGACCUGGACUAAAAUUCUUUGAAUUCAUGAUCGGAUACUGGUCGUCAACAUCAACCCAGUUUAGAAAAAUACUAUGUUCAAGUAUAAAGACACUUGAAAUCAAUUGUCAGAAUCAGAUUUGGUCUUAUAUGUUUGUAUGUGAAAUAAAAAAAAAAGUAAAAAAGCAGUAGGAGAGAUAUUUUCAGAAGAUCAACAUUAUUCUUCAAAAAUAGUGUUGCAUUGUGUCAAUUCUAUGUUUAACUGAUGUCACUUUCAGGAAGUUCUCCAGAGCUGUCUUCAGAAAUUUCAUCUUUAAUGUGAAAUUUGGAAUAAUUGACCUUUUGGAAUCUAAAUCAACAUCCUCAUUUCCUUAACGAAAGUUUCAUGUAAAUUUAACCCUUUAAUGAACCUAUUCAGUUCUGCUCUAGUAUAUAAUGCAAAUCUGAAGUGUUUAGUAAUUAACCCUUUCACCACUGUAGACCAUAAUGGACUCUUCCAGAUCAAUGCAUGGUUAAUUCUACUAAAGUUACAUAGGUGUGAAAGGGUUAAAAACAAUACUGGUGCUGAUAAGGAUUUGUAAGUGUCACAGCUCUGUAUCGAAACCAAAGGUCGAGAGGUUUACUUGCAAGCGUGACGUAAUUUGUCUUGAAAAGCUGGUUUAUCAGCAGACAUGUUUGUUUGUAUUGUUGUAUAAUAUUCGUUUUUGUCAGUGUUACAUUGUUUGUUUUGUGGUAAGAGUGAGUAUCAUGUGAUAGGUUUGAUUUAAACAUAUUUUAUUCGUUCAAUCUAACAAAUGGGAUUUGCCACAAGUUAUCAGAACUUAGAAACGCCUUCUCCCAUGUGAUAGGUAUAUUAAUUACUAUUGAAGCGAAUAAAAACACGUCAAUACACCU